AUGAGGCAGAUCUAUUUUAAAUUCCUUCACGGGUUCUUUCUCUUAUGCAUGAGCUUGAGCACCUUUGGAGAUGAAUCUGAUCACCUGGCUCUGCUAGACUUGAAGAAAAGAAUAACUGAAGAUAAUAUGUAUAUCAUGAGCACAUGGAAUAGUUCCAUCAAUUUCUGCAGCUGGGUUGGCGUUACAUGCAACCAUUCCAACAAAAGAGUCGUGACUUUGAACCUGGAAGCUCAAAAGUUGGCAGGCUCCCUACCACCUUCUAUAGGAAAUCUUACUUAUCUCACUGGAAUUAACUUGAUAGACAACAACUUCCAUGGUGAAAUUCCUCAAGAAAUGGGACGUCUACUGCGCCUGCAAUAUCUCAACCUGACUUCCAAUUCCUUUGGUGGGAAAAUUCCAAGUAACAUAUCUCACUGUACACAGCUGAGAGUGCUUGAUGUUGGUUCCAAUAAGCUUAUUGGGUCCCUUCCGGAUCAACUCAGUUCAUUGUUAAAUUUAACUCAUCUAUGGGUUGAUGAAAACAAUCUCACUGGAACUUUCCCAGAUUGGAUAGGAAACUUUUCUUCUCUGUAUGCUAUUUCUCUUGCCCACAACAAUUUUCAAGGAAACAUACCGAAUGAGCUCGGGCGCUUAACAAGCUUGGGAAGAUUUGUAAUUCCAGGGAAUAAAUUUUCUGGUAUGGUUCCUUCUUCAAUCUAUAAUAUAUCCUCCAUAUACUAUAUCACUGUUACUGACAACCAGCUGCAUGGAGAGCUGCCAAAAGAUGUGGGGAUCACUCUUCCUUAUCUCCAGAUAUUUGCUGGUGGUGUCAACAAAUUCACAGGUAAGAUUCCUGUAUCCUUGUCAAAUGCUUCUAGACUUCGAAAGCUUGAUUUUGCUGAAAAUGGUCUCACUGGGAAACUCCCAGCUGAAAAUUUUGGAAGCUUGCAAAGCUUAUCUAGACUGAACUUUGAUGACAAUAGACUGGGAAGUGGAAAAACUGGUGACCUGAAUUCUCUCAGUUUCCUUGCUAAUUGUACUAAUCUUGAGGUGUUGAGUUUUAGCCGAAAUCGUUUUGGAGGAGAAUUGCCAGAGUCCAUAUCCAACCUCUCAACAAAACUUAGAAUUUUUACAAUGGGGGGUAAUUUGAUACAUGGAAGCAUCCCUAUCGGCAUUGCAAAUCUUGUAAACUUGAUCAAUCUAGGAAUGGAACAAAACUACUUUGGUGGCAGUCUCCCUGAUGUAAUUGGCAAGCUUCAGAAGUUACAGGGAUUGUAUCUGUAUCUUAACAAGUUUUCUGGGCCAAUCCCAUCCUCCCUAGGUAACUUGACUUCAGUAACAACGCUCUUAAUGGAGGGUAAUAGGUUUGAGGGAAGUAUACCUCCAAGCCUGGGAAACUGCCAAAGCUUAUUGAUACUUAACCUUUCUAGUAACCAACUAAGUGGCACCAUACCUAAAGAGGUUGUUGGGCUUUCAUCCCUUUCAAUUUGUUUGUCCAUGUCUAACAAUUCUUUGACUGGUCCACUACCAUCAGAAGUGGGUGAGUUGGUAAAUCUCUCGGAGCUAGAUGUAUCAGGAAACAACUUAUCAGGUGAAAUCCCCAUAACCCUUGGCAGCUGCACUAGUUUGGUGAGCCUGCAUUUGGAAGGUAAUGAAUUUGAAGGAAACAUUCCUGAAACUCUGACAAAAUUAAGAGGCGUGGAAGAAAUAGAUAUUUCACGCAAUCACUUAUCUGGGAAAAUUCCUGAAUUUCUAGGUAAGUUUAGAGCUCUUAAGCAACUCAAUCUUUCUUAUAAUGAUUUUGAGAGUGCAUUGCCUGAAGAAGGAAUAUUUUCAAAUGCCAGUGGUGUCUCAGUUCAUGGAAAUAAUAAACUGUGUGGUGGCAUCCCACAAUUACUUCUACCUGUAUGCUCUAACAAAAAGCCUCAUUCAUCUCAAGGAUUACUUUCCCCAAAAGUAGUAAUUCCUGUAACUUGUGCAAUUGCAUUCAUUGCCCUAUCAUGCUUUAUUGCUGCUUGUAGAAUGGUGAAAAGGUCAAGAGGUCCACUUUUAACUUCACAUUCCUAUGGGGAUUGGAAAUUAGCCGUCUCUUACUUAGACCUCGCUCAAUCAACCAACGGGUUCUCUCUUGACAAUCUCAUUGGUUCAGGAAGUUUCGGUUCUGUGUACAGAGGAGUACUCUCUAGUAAUGGCAUGGUAGUUGCUGUUAAGGUAUUAAACCUUAACCAAGAAGGAGCUUCCAAGAGUUUCAUUGAUGAAUGCAAAGCUUUAAGAAGUAUAAGGCACCGCAAUCUUCUCAAGAUCAUAACCGCAUGCUCAAGCAUUGACAACCAAGGUAAUGAGUUCAAAAGUCUAGUUUCCGAGUUCAUGGAAAAUGGAAGUCUAGACCAGUGGCUGCAUCCAAGAGAUGAUGAACAAUCUCAAAGUAAGAGAUUGAGCCUAAUCCAAAGACUAAAUGUUGCCAUAGAUGUUGCUUCUGCAUUAGAUUAUCUACACCACAAUUGUGAAACAUGCAUUGUUCAUUGUGACUUAAAGCCAAGCAACGUUCUUCUUGAUGAAGAUAUGGUAGCCCAUGUUGGUGACUUUGGUCUAGCAAGGCUCCUUUUGGAAGCAUCAAAUAAUCCCACGAAAUCUCAAACCAUGUCAGUUGGGCUAAAGGGUUCCAUAGGCUACAUUCCUCCGGAGUAUGGAAUGGGAGGCCAAGUUUCCAUACUUGGGGAUGUUUAUAGCUAUGGGAUACUGUUGCUAGAAAUGUUCACAGGAAAAAGACCAACGGAUGACAUGUUCAAAGAUGGUCUAAGCAUUCACCAAUUCACAGCCAUGGCUUUCCCUGACCAUGUCAUGGACAUAGUUGAGCCUUCAUUGCUCUCUGAAACAGAUGACGAGAAUGAUGAAGAUGACGAUGAUGACAACAAAUAUGGAAAUCGCAUAGAAGAAAGACAAGUAGCAGGAUAUAAAGAUCCUGGCCCAGUCAAAGCAAAAAGAUUGGUGGAAUGCUUGGAUUCGUUGAUGCAAAUAGGGCUCUCAUGCUCUGCAACGUCACCAAGAGACCGGAUGUCUAUGGAUGUCGUCGUCAACAAAAUGAAUGCAAUUAGAGACUCAUAUCUCAAUUUAAGAAGAAGAAGAAGAAGAUCGAAAAGUACAAGAUAG